AUGUUUAAAAACAAAACCACGUGUCUACGCGGCAGCGACACCGCAGGUGUUACGUGCCGGGUUUCUUCCCAGGAUGGAGACCGGCGCGGGCUGGGCCGGGAAGCAGCCCCCCGCGCCCCGGCCGAAGGAGAAAAGAAGAAGGGUAAAAAUAGCCGGCGGCCACGGCCCACGUGCAGCCGCGGGAGGACCGAGCGCGGGCGCGUGGAGAGGGGUCCGUACCUCCAAACAUGCGCGGUGAGAGGUGAGCUGGUAAGGAGCCGAUCACCAGGCGCGGCCCGCCGGGGGAGGACUGCGCCCCGCGGGCCCCCGACGCCACGCCCCCCCGAGGAAACAGCUGCGGGGCCGCCGCGGCGCCGCGGGGCUGGUGAACGCUGGGCACCUGGGCCGGGAACCUCCCCGCGGCGGCGGCCCCCAGCCCCCGGCCCUGGUCCCGGUCCCAUUGGCCACUCCGCUGCUACUGGAAGUGGGACUCAACUAGGAGGUCUUAUUACAGUACUGUGCUGCUUUUUCAACCAUGGAGAGGUCACCCGUGUGAUGUGGACACCACCUCUCCGUGAAAGUUUUUCCUAUCCAUUCCUUGUACUUCAGAUGUAUAUUUUAACUUUGAUUCUCAGGACCUCGAGCAAUGAUAGAAGGCCCUUCAUUGCACUCUGUCUUUCCAAUGUUGCUUUUAUGCUUCCCUGGCAAUUUGCUCAGUUUAUACUUUUUACACAGCUAAUUCAAGGUAGUGCCUGGUGGUGUGGAACAAUCAUUUUGAAAUUUCUGACAUCUAAAAUCUUAGGCGUUUCAGACCACAUUUGCCUGAGUGAUCUUAUAGCGGCCAGAAUCUUAAGGUAUACAGAAUUUGAUACUUUAAUAUACACCUGUGCUCCCAAAUUUGACUUCAUGGAAAAAGCGACUCCGCUGAGAUACACAAAGACAUUAUUGCUUCCAGUUGUUAUGGUGAUUACAUGUUUUAUCUUUAAAAAGACUGUUCGUGAUAUUUCGUGUGUUUUAGCUACAAACACUUAUCUAAGAUGCUGUCUUCGCAGUGCCAUGCCUACAAUGGCAAGCGUGAAGCUGUCUACACUUCAUCCCAUUGUGAAUCAUCCACAUUACGAAGAUGCAGACUUGAGGGCCCAGACAAAAAUAGUUUAUUCUACAUAUGGUCGAAAAUCUGCCAAAGAAGUAAGAGAUAAAUUGUUGGAGUUACAUGUGAAUUAUUGUGUUUUAGAAGAGGCAUGGUGUGUUGCGAGAACUAAGCCUGGUUGCAGUAUGCUUGAAAUCUGGGAUGUGGAAGACCCUUGCAAUGCAGCUAACCCUCCCUUAUGUAGCGUCCUGCUCGAAGAUGCCAGGCUCGAGAUGCCAGUAUUUCAGAAUAGUGUGUACAGAGUAUUGAAGGUUAACUGAGAAGGAAACUACCCAUUACACUAUGGCACAAUGCCGUGUGUCAAAAACAAUCACCCUUUGGCUUAUUUACAUUAAUAAAAAUCACAAGCUUUAAUAACAGACACUUAAAAAUAAGAUAAAAAUGGAUUGAAAGUUUUUCUGAUUACUAAAAGGUAAAUUACUUUUCUGUUCAUUGAAUGUCAGCCUUAUUAAGCUUGUCAUAUAAAUUAUUCAAUCAUGUCAUACUGCAUGAACAAAUGUUCAUUUCAGAGUUUUAAAGAGAAAUGUAUAUAAAAGAACAAUGAAUUUUAAUAAAUCAAGGGUACGUAAGUCCCUUUUCAUCCAA